UGCCCUCAAAUGUGGAAAAUGUUAAUAUUGAGAUUCAAUUACGUGGAUAUUCCAAUCCAGAUUUUAGACUGCCUCAGGGGAGGUUGUGUACUUGCCCUAAAGGUUCUUUUGGUGAACAUUGUAUUCAGGCGAGCUAGUCCACAACGUAAUGGUUACAAUUGCCUUACAUCUUUAACAAUUUUUGUUCUUUCUGCGAGUUCUUCUCUUAAAUAUUUCCAAACAAUUUAUAAUCCACUUAACCAAGCAGGCCAACUUAAUUUUGAGCAAGUGCCACAAAAGUUUUUGAUUGAUUCUCAACCUUCUGCUAUAGCCGUUCUAGUUUACAAUUUGGGUCCUCAAAUUGAUUCCGAUGGAAGUUUAUAUGAAACAAAUACUGUAACUCUUGUUGACAGUUUUAUUCAACCUCUAAAUUUAUUUUCUGGUUAUUCUUCUGAUAUUCGUGGACAGCAAAGUGUUAACCUUAUCGGGGAAAUAUUGGGAACUCAAUUAUCAUUUACUUAUUCUGUCUCGUGUGCCGGAGGAAUAAGUAGAGAUGGUAGACGUUUAAUGGGUCCUGGUUGUGAUUUAAAUUGUAAUACUACAUCUAUUACAACAAAUAAUGCAAUUUGUGAGAAUGUAAAAACUGGAUAUUUUAGUCAAUGUAAAUGGACUAAUGGGGGAAAUUUGGAUGUCACCAAUUGUCAAAAUUGUCCUUUUGGUGUUAAAAACAAUGCUUAUUGUGCUGAUGAACAGGGAGGAGUGUUAUAUGGGGAAGUUGUCUCAACUUUUUAUUAUAAUGGAUUUAUUAUUCUUUGUCUUGUUUCUGGUAUUUUGUUCGUUUUAUUGUUGUUAUUGUUAACUUGUUUGCUGUUUUCGAAAAGAAGCUCCAAACAAGAUAAUAACCCAAACAAAUUUCAUUCCUCAAAAAGAAGUAAUGAAUCUACCCUCCUAAAAUCAACUUUUAAUAAUCGUCCAGAACUAAUUCCAUUAAAUUCCUCAAAAGAAGAAACAAAAAAUAAUAAUAUAAAAAUAAUUCCCCCCUCGUAUAAUAAAAAUGAAAUUAAUUUAAAUCCACCCCCACCCUCCCCAUUCCCUCGAAGUAUUAAUGCAAGUACUGCAAGUAUUCCUAAUGAUAUAGUAAUUAAUGGACAACAACAACAACGUUUUCCUGUUGUUCAAAAUGGUGGAAAAUUGAGAAGUUGGUUGUUAUUUUUGGGGAAAAUGGGAGAUGGAAAAAUUGGAAAGAUAAAAACCGGAAGCGGAAGAGGCAUAAAAGGCGAACUUCGAAAAAAUAUGAAAAAUGGGUAA